UUAAUUAUGUAAUUGGCAGUGUUGGUUCAUAACAGCUGAAAUCGAUAUUCUUUUUGGACUACACUCAGAUAAAGAUGGAGUCUAUUGCUUCUGCCAUUGAAACAGAUGCCCAAAAAACGAUUCCUUCUCCAUGGGAGUUCAGCUGUGAUUUGGAAGUAGAUUACAAAUCUGAGGAAAAGGCUGGCAUAGUAUAUUCAGCACUGGCUGUUGAUAAGGAGCUUCAACCAGACAAAGUCAGGCGGCUGAUGUCCAUCUCCGACGGGAAACUUUCAGUGCAUUUUGAGGCGGUUGAAGCUAGAUUUCUUCGUGCAUCAUUCAGCGCCUUUGUGGAUGUCUUAACGCUAGCAACGAAAACAAUCGAACAAUUUGGUGAGGGCAUCGAACUGUAACUUGAGAAUUAUAGUUUUAUACCCAAUCAAUCACUCUUGGUUGCUUCUGUAACCGUCAAUUGGUGAACUAUAAAUACUUGGUUAGCUUAAUGUGUUAUUUCUUGUAAUCUGCAUAGUUACUCAUUAAGACUGGUCUUUGUCUUAGCCCAGUUGUGGAAUCAUGGUUUAGUGUGAAGAGUUAUAAAGAAAAGAAUAUAACCCAUAAGACCGCUGGUAUUUCAA